UUACAUUUGAGUUUUCUCUUCUCUUCUCUUCAUUUCUACUUUUCAAGAAAGCAUAAUUAAGUUCAUAAUGGGAUUUUGUAAGUUUUGCGGUGAAAUAAGCCAAGGAAAAUGUGCAAAGUGUGGUGGACGAGCAGUCGAAUCUAUUAUCAGUUGCAUGAUAUCUGAUGCUGGCCGUGUUUCUAUUGUAGAUAGGUGGCAAUCUAGGUACGAAGGGACAAUUCUAAAUCCUGAAGAACUGGUCAAAAAAUCACCCACUGCCAAACGGGUUCCUGUUACUCAGUCCACAUUUUAUGAUCCGAAGAAGAAAUUAUGCACAUGUUGUAGUAAAGCACUAGAAUUCAAAUAUACAAUUCACAUGCAAGACGGUAUGCCUUAUUGUAAGGAUUGUCAUUUGAAGCUAUUCAACAAAGGCAUAUGCCCCACUUGUGAGAAGUUCGUUUCAGAUAAGCACGAUUUUAUUGAAUAUUCUGAGAAAGUAUGGCAUAAAGAUUGUUUUGUCUGCUUUAACUGCCAUAGUCCCUUGGAAAAGGACCCUCUCGUUGACCUCGAUAACCGACCCUGCUGUGAGCCAUGCUUCAUGGGACAGGCCGGACGAAAACGAGCUCAUAGUCGCUUAUCGAUCAAAACAGAAGCAACACAGAGCCUUUCACAUUCCAGAAACCUGAAUACAGCCUCCCCACCCGUAUCGAGCGACAGCGUCCGCAGUAGUAAGAGUAGUAGCAGUGCUUCGACCGCCAACAGCUCGGUAUCUUCGGCUUCCUCUUCGUAUGGUUAUUCACGACGUCCUCGUCUUGAUAGAGAAUUCUUUACAGCAUCAUCGCCCUCGGAACCUAUUAACCCUCCACUACUUACCCGUACCCCGUCUCCAGAGCAAGACGAAGAGAGAGAUUAUUUACCAGAUCUACUGUCAAAAAGACUCUCUAUUACGCCUAGCCAAAAGCGCCUAACAUCCAUAUUUAACCCGCCUUCAGCUUCAAAAUCCACAUCUAUUGGUGCUAUUACUUCCGCUGCUUCUUCUAAUAUUGUAAACAAUAUCAAUACCCAGGCAAAGAAUUUACCAUCAUCUUCACCUUCAUUGUCAACUUCUGUGAGAAAUACAGCGUCGUGCACUUCCAACAUAAUGGCAAGUAGUCCGUCAUCUUCGUCACCCAUUUCACUUAGUGGGUCGCUCUCCAAAAGACCAUGUCACAAUUGUCACCAACCAUUAGGGGAUGCCUCCCAAAAAAAAGUCAAAGUCCCUCUCGAAAACAAAGAAUACGCAUGGUUCCAUAAAGCCUGCUUCGUGUGUAAAAAAUGCUCACUACCUUUUAAGAGUAACGAAUGUGUGACAGAUGGUCACUAUUUCUAUCACCCCCGCUGUGAUACUCAACAAUUAUUCAGUGUCUGUCAAGGCUGUCAAAAGUCCAUUCACCAAGACGCGUUUCAAUUCAAUAAUCAAGCUUAUCACUUCCAAUGUUUCAAAUGCUAUCACUGUGCCUCUCAUAUUACGUUAGGACAACCCGUGUAUGAAAUGAAUGAUAAACCUUAUUGUCAAUUUUGCUAUUCUAAUCAACGUAUACCCACAGCCUCAGCACUUGAAACUGCAGAGAAAGAAAAAAGACAGCAAUCAACAAGUGCCGAAAAGAGACUAACAAAAGCAUUGGAACAACAGAAACAACAACAACAGCAUAAGAGAAGACUACCGAAAGUAGGUGGAUCAAAAAUAUGUCCCCGGUGUCAACAAGCUAUCUCUUUUAUGGAAGACACGCCAGGCCCGCUAGCUACUAGGUGGCAUAAGAAGUGCUUACGGUGCUUCACUUGUUCCAAGCAACUGGAUUCUGGUGCCAAGAUGAGACAAGGGGUUAAUCCUGGAGAAUCAGUAGUUUAUUGCAGGAACUGCUCUAUUUAAGGUCCUUUUAAAGUAUUUAUAUAUCAGAUUUUUAAGUCUUAACAAUCAUUUUAACAAUAAUUGAUCAAGUAUGAUCAGGCGAUAUUGAGUCAGGGUUUUUUUUUCGUAUGUAUUUGUUGAAAGGAUAUUUUAUUUACCCCGCUAUUUUGUUGGCUUGUUUGAUGUACUCUGAUAUCUAGUUGUAACAGAUGCUUAAUAGUUGAAACAAGUGAAACAUUUUGCUAUCAAUUAUAGCAGUAACGAUAUUGAUUGAAAAAUGACCCGAGUUUGACUCAUGUUUAAUAUGGCAUACAUUUACUAUACAGUCAGGUAAUUCUGGCUUUUUGUGUGUGCGUGGGGUGGG